AUAUAUAUAUAUAUAUAUAUAUAUAUAUAUAUAUAUAUAUACAGAGAGAGAGAGAGAGAGAGAGAGAAAUAAAGUAUAUAUGCACAUUCUAUCUUCUCAGUAUUUAUUCCAAACUAGGCAACCCACUCUUGUCUCUUGUCUCUUUCUAUUUUUUCUUAUCGAUUUAUUUUCAUAAUGUGGAGUUUUAUUUAUAAGUUACAACUAUAUUCUCAGUAAUAACUAAUAUUAAAAAUCUCGUCCAGCAGUUAGAUUGAUGAUAAUUGAUAUAGAACAUAUGGGGACAAGCUGGAACACUUUGACAUUAAUGAAUAUACUGUCUAAUCAUUGUAGAAUUAAAUUCUUUCAAAAAAACUGACUUUGUUGUUUUUAGAUAUAAUAUCCGACCUAUAUGUUAUCGGCUUUUCACCAGCUAUUUAUAAACAGUGAUCGGUUCAUUCUAUAGGCCAACAAUUCCAACGACCUUGGGCCUAGGUAAGAUGGCGCUACCAUCAGUCAGUUUUUUUCAACGUCUCGUAAUGGUGCCUGUCCAUAUUUCCCGUGAAAUACGAUCAAUAGAAAAAUAUGGACAGUAACAUAGAAGGUCGAUAGGCCUAGAUUAUGACAUAUAAAUUAUUUAACAAGUCUUGAAUAAUUACGUUUAUGUUAUAAAUCAACGGUAAUCGGAAGACGUUAAGAUACGUUAGGACCGGGUAACAGUUCAUUUGUCGUAGUCCUAUAGUAUAUCGCCCAGCGUUUUAGUUGGCUGAUAAUUUUUUAUUCUCCUCAAAAAUUUUAUAAUCUUCUUAGCUUCAACUUAUAUUUGUUCCUUAAUCAAUAAUGGACUGGAUGUUUUAUCAAAUUUAUAAUAAACAAAGGAACUAACCUCAUGUUUUGCGUAGGCGGUAAUAACGUUUCCCUAGAAGGAAGAUAAAAUAGCCACCAGAUGGAGGAUAAAUGAAUUAUAAAAGGAAUACUAAAGACUAGUUUUUGUAAAGAUUUAGACAACGUAUAUAUAUAUAUAUGCAAAUGUAUAUAUCAAUAACAUUCGGUUAAUCGAAUGUAACAUGCCAAUAUGAUAUAUUUCCGAAAACUUAUUAAAAAAUAAGCGGAAAAUCUUUUACUGAAAAUAGCAAAAACAGCAUCAAGACUCAAGCAAUAAUUAGGAAACUUAAAGGAUUUAAAAUCCGGAAAUCGUUAAGAUAUAAAGAAAAUAACUGUGAAAUUAUCCCCCUAUUAUUCUUCUCUAAAUAGUAAUAACAUACAUAAAUAACUUCAUAAUCUUCAUUAAUCUUUACCUUGGAUUUGCUUUGAAGCCUGUUAAAUGACAAAAUCGAACGAUUCUUAAGAAAAAGCAGAUUAAUAGAAGAAGGAAAAUAUUCAAUUAUAUUAUUCUUAUGAAUAAUGAACAACAUUGUUAAGAUUUCUCUUUUAUAUGAAAAUUUUCCUGUUUUUUUUUCGUUUUCGUUUAAAUUAAACUUUUUCUGAAAGGAGAGAAACUUAUAGAGAAAAUUGCUAAAUAAACAAUUUUCUUUCUUUUCUCCUAUUCCUAAACCUUUUUAUUGGGAUAACCCGAAACCGUUUCAGUUUGUAAAUUACAUACAACACUCUCUGUAAACCUUUCAGGUGUGAUUUGAGCAAUCUUUUAGCUCCAUCUAUCGGACUACGCGCAACUGAAGAACAUGUUUACAGUAAAUGAGUAGGAAAUAUUUUAAUUAAAGAAUAUUUAUACACGAUGAAAUAAAUGACAUCAUAAGUAUUUUUAAAUAAAAGAGGAAAUUUAUUGUAUUACUCCUUUUCAAUCAAAAUUUCUAUUUUGUAUUAUAAUGAUUUUAAAGAAGAAGAUUAGGGAGAAUACAAUACGGAAAGAAGAAGACUUUGAAGGAUUGUUACGAAGCAUCCGCGAAACUCAAGUGAAAGAUGAAAAUCUCUUUGAGUAUCAACGCGAUUUACGUUUGUUAAAGGAGAGGAGAAGAGGUGUAAAUGUAGCUACUGAAAUUCAAACGAUGAGCUUAUCAAAGGGAGAAAAGCGUACAGAGGCAAACGGAAAGUACAAGAGGUGUCCAAUUGCUGAAAAUGAGACGAAUAAUUGUUACUAUAGGCCUAUGCGGGUAGAUGAAUUACCAACAAUGUCCGAGGGAAACGGAAAUUCGAACGUCUUACUAACAGAGAUCGCUAGAGCUUUUACUUUUGGAAACUUCAAACGUUCUUUACCACAGAACACCCUUAAUUGGUCGCAGUUGGAUUUGUACGACUCCUACAUAGAAUAUUACGCUGAAUUACGAAGGAAGACCAUAAAAGGAGAUUGUAAUAUAAAAGUUCAGGAAGAAGCCGAUGAUAAUCAGCGUGCUAUUUCAGAAACUACAUUAAUAGAAAGAGACGACUAUUCGACCGAUUAUAUGAAAAAAUUCCCUUCUCCUUCCCCAGCGGAGACUGGUGGACAUCCUCUGACAAACCCUAGAGAAUCGGAAAAGGAAGUCGUUCAGGUUCUGGAUAAAGAAUCAACAAGGGCGACUGAACAACUGUUCGUUAGUGACUUCCAGUCGAGACGUUUCCGAAUUGACGUCCAUCGGGAGGAAGGAAUACAGAUGGCGCUUUCUAAAGCGCAAAAAGCUACCAUUGGAUGUUCAAUAGCAAUGAAGACAAUAGAAAAUUCUAGGUCCAAAGAAUCCCAAAAAGAGAAGACAAAAACGAGCUUAAUGUCGGCAAAAGGAGAGUCCUCACGAAGACAUAAAAGAGUGGGCCGAAUUGGGGUCAAAAGCAAUUCGCUACCAAGAAAAUUAGCUAAUAAAAAAUACCGUUCAAGCCAUACGAAAAAUAAUUAUAAUGUCAUGGAAGAAAGAGCCAGAAAACCCAUAUUCGAUACUAAAUUAUAAAAAUUAAUAGCAAAUAACUUGUUAGACUUUGAAAACGGUCCUCCACAUCAAACGUCAAAGAAUGUUCGUUAGCGUUUCUUGCAAUGCCGAACGGAAGUAGGCCCCAAAGGUGUUCCGUUUCCGCUGACGUUUCGUUCGAAUAACAAGCGUCCGCUACUGCAAUCUCGCUGCAGCCAUGCGUAAAAUAUGUUCGAAUACACAAAUUACAUUCGCGUUUAAUUGGCGACGGCGCGUGUAUCGCAGCGUCUCCUCCUCUCUUGACGCCUCAAUUGUUUUAAAUGAACUUGAACUCCUAAAUCAAAG